CGAGCGUCAACUCCCUAAACAUAGUCUGCGGACGCUGUAGUAUCCGAGUCCGAAAACUAUGUAAACUGCGGUCGUCCUAGUUGUUCGAAAUAGGAAUAGGAUUCUCGAGUUUUAUUCCCAAUUUCUACUUUCUUGCAUGUGUUACUGUCGAUUAUCCCAUUGUACCAACCCUUUAAUAUCUGGUAUUCUCAAUCAUGGCGUCCGCCGGGACCAGGCUCCGGCGUGCUGUCGUAUCAGUGCCGUUCCUCUUUAUCUCAGCUUGGUGCUUGCGUAUCAUGGACCCGAAUACAAUAGUGGCGUUUCAACAGCCAUUCGCCGAUUCUGGAGUGAUUGAAUGGGACGGCGGGAAGAUUCCCAUAAUAGACAACUUCCAUGGCAUAAAGUUCCUUGAUGACAUCUUUCGCGGCGGGAUGGCGACCUUCUCGGCUUCGACGUUCGGAUACGACCCUGUGGCUUGGUGGCAAAUUUUCUCUUUCCUCACCGACCUUGGGCCAAUUUAUGCGAUAUGGAUUUUAGAAUCCUACCGUGUCGGAUACGCUUAUACCCCGGCGUAUUUCCCGACUAUAUUUACGGUUGCUGGGCAAUUCCUAGGUAUAGGAUCAGUAGCUCCGAUCUUUUAUUUCCUGUCCUUGACUUUUGGGCCUACUGCAUCCGAUCUAGCUCGAAUGCCGGCUCGAGAUCGAGGUGUCUGGAAUCGAGCUAGUGGGCUUGUGUUCUUACUUAUCUUCUUAUUCCACACCUCCGAAGUCUUCGCUAUGUGUCUAGCACCAGAGCUAGCUACACGACAUUAUUGGACUUGGGCCUGGCAGAUGAGCCCUCUCUACAUUGGUCUUGCCAAUGUCCUACUUUCCGGACUUACCAAACCGCUGUUAUCUAACCCCUGCUUCGCAUCCCCUAAAAGUCUCCUUGCAGUGGCGGGUAUAAUAUCCACUGGUGUUUGGGGAUAUACGCUACUCUCCUCGCCAUAUUCUCUGGCGACUAUCUUCGUACCUACAUCAGAAGCGCCGUCGGAGUUUAUUCCCUUUGUUCAAAAAAUAUUUCAAGCUGAUCAUAUGUCUUUCUUCACAAGCUCCUUUUUAUGGUUGAUCUAUUCCUUCUUAGAUCUUAACAGUGUCGGUAUAAUAGGAACAAGCUGGCUCUACUGUAUCCCACUCCUUCCAGUUUUCAUCGGCCUUUUUGGACCUGCUUCUACUUUUACUCUCUUUUGGUAUAUACGAGAAAGGGCACUAGCAUCUAGUUAAAAUUACCUAGUUUGCUUACAUUGUAUACGGAUUUGAGUUUGGAAUAUUGCU